AUGGCCUACCACGAGGCUGAUUUCAAGUCUGAAGAGGGCCGCAAGUUUCCCUAUAUGUAUCUCUCAGCGAGCAACUCUUCCGUCGAGAACCCUUCUAGCCGCAAGUUGCGAGUUUGGCUCCAGGGAGGUGUACACGGUAACGAACCUGCGGGCGACCAGUCCAUGCUUGCGCUCCUCGGUGACUUGGCUGCAAAUCAGAAAUGGGCUGCCAAACUCCUGGAGAAGAUGGACAUCCUAGUGCUGCCUCGUUACAACCCUGAUGGUGUCUUCUACUUCCAGCGCUACCUAGCCACUAACUUUGAUCCCAACCGUGACCAUAUCAAGCUUGCCAGGCAACAAACCAGAGACAUCAAGGAGCUCUUCGCCAGAUUCAGCCCACACAUUGCGACUGACAUGCACGAGUUCACUGCAGGUCGAACAUUCGGUCCGAAAAGGGACAUUAUCUAUGCUGCUGAUGCUCUAUUCAGCGCAGCAAAGAACCUAAAUAUCGAUGAAGGCAUCCGCCAGCUGUCAGAGGAACUAUUCGCCAAGCGUAUGGGCAAGGAUAUUGAGGCUGCUGGUCUCCGCUGGGACCCAUACAUCACUCUGGGAGAAUCCUCAAGCUCGAAGCUCCUUCUCCUUGAGGCUGGUACUGACGCUAAGAUCGGAAGAAACGCUAUGGGGCUGUCCCAGUGUGUUGUCUUCCUCUGCGAGACCAGAGGCAUUGGUAUUGCCGGUCAGCAUUUCGAACGCCGAACUCUCAGUGGAUUGGUCAUGGCUAAGAGCAUCUUGCAAACGGCCGUCGACAACUUCGAUGAAGUCUACAAUACCAUCGAAAGGGGCAUUAGGCGCUUCACUAAUAGCAGAAACGACAUCGUGCUCUCUGACAAAUCUCCGGUAAUGGAAAGGACUUUUGGCAUGCUCAACAUAACCGAUGCUUCUCUAUUUGACUAUCCUAUCGACUUCGCCACAACUACCCCUGCGGAAGCUGUUUUGACCCGCAGCCGCCCAAGGGCAUACCUUAUCCCUCCUUCAUGGCCAGAUAUCGUCAAGCGCCUGGAAGUAUUCGGAGUCAAGGCUGACAAGCUCCCCUACAGCUAUGUCGGACCAGUAGAGGCGUUGAACGUUACUUCUGUUACCUUCGACAAGGAAUACUACGAAGGCGUCGUCACCACUACCGUAGAGACAAAACUAGUUGAGCGUAACAUCAGGCUUCCAGCAGGCUCGUAUUUGGUCAAGACAAACCAGAAGAACGCUGCUCUUGCAUUUGUUUCUUUGGAGGUAAGGACCCUUUACCCAUUUUGA